CUCGUGGGGGGGAUUUCCCCUCUCUUCCUUUCGGUCAAGCACCACAUAUUGAUGGUGAUGCCUUCGCUCUGAUGCCUGUGCAUCUGCUAAGCAACCAAAGGGCAACAUCAGGUAUCAUAUUUCGGAAAUUGUAAUCCUGCUAUUUCUACCACUGCCCUCGUCCUGAUGUGAUAUUCAUCAGGUGAUAUUGUUAUCAUAGCGUUAUCGGAUCUAGCCGCAACUCUUCUGAUAAGUAGUCGCUGCAUCCAUCCAUACCGAUCUCAAAACCCGUCCUCUUCUCUUCUGGAAUCCCAGUCUCCUUCUCUUCACAGUUCCAAGUCCUGUCGUUGCUUGGGGCCAGUCCGAUGCUCACUUCGGCUCUCCUGCUUGCGCCGUCCAUCCCAAACAUGGCCGCCCUCCCGGCCUACGGAAACUACCACCACGUCCAGCUCGCCGAGGCCUUCAACUCGGAGCUCGACCAGAGGCUCGGGCGUCGCCUCUCGCCCACCCCGGCGCACCUCUCCCGCGUCGUCUACGUCCCGAAGCACAAGGACGUCACCGCCCAUCUGCCGCUGUACGACGUCUCGGAGAAUUACGCCAAGGCCGUCAAGGGAGAAUUCGUCGGGGGCAGCCGCUACAAGCUGAACCUGUCCAUGAUGAAGAGGCCGAACGGGGACGGCACCGACGGGGAGGUCCGCUAUCUCGUCAACUUUGGGAGCGGCGCUGCCGAGGACGAGGUGAUGGUUGAAAGGAGAGUCCCGACGCAUAACGGGCCGAUGGUCAGCAUGCAUCUGCCUCGCGAAGGCAACGGCGACUUUCGCGUCGCCUCGCUCGACCCGACGCAGACCAUGCAGCUCGUCGUUGCCAACUCCUUCCCCAUCCCGGACAGGAAGAUGCACGCGGCCGCGCCGCCAGUCCGGCACCCGUGGUUCACCAUCUCGCACACGUCACAGGACGAUGCUGACGACGACGCCGCCGCCGCCGCCGCCGCCACGGGACUGACGCCCUCGAACCUCGAAUGGCAGAUCCGGCCGACGGAGCAUGGUCCCCUGCGCUACACGCUCGUCGACACGGCCGAGGAGGAUGCCGCCGCGGAGGCCGGCGAGCCGCUCAUCCACGCCAUCUACCACCACAUCGGCGUCGGGUUCGCCCUGCCGAAGGACUACAGCGAGGGAGUCCUGCUGCUCUCGGAGAACCUCGACGACGAGGCGGAGGCGCUGGCUGUUGCUACGCUCCUCGGACUGCUGCGACAGGUGCGGUCCAUCAACCAGCCGCCGCCGAGACCAAGGAAGAAGUCGUUUGUCCAAAGAGUUCUGGGCAAGAUCUGACAGGAUGUGCGUCUUCGUUUUCUUCUCCUUUUUCAUUUUUAUUUUUCUUUGCGUCCUCUUUCAGACAAAGGGGAUGUUUGUUUGAGCGUGACGUGAUACUUUGGAAUACCAACCAUUAUUUCUUCCUCGCCUCUCGGACGUAUGGUAAUCCUCUCAUGUGAGGACACUGCUCUUACUGUAGCGAAGGAUAUCACUGAUUGGCGAGAUUAUAAUCAAUGAUUCGGAACGAAGCCGCUGAUACCCUUUCUUUCAUUUGUUAGCGACCAGUUUAGUCCUUAAAUCACAAAAUGUGUUUCGAUCUAACAAGCGAUGGGGUUUGAGUAUGCCUUGGUCUUAUUGAGAAACCGUUUGCUGUGUGUUUUACCUAGACCACUGUUUUAUGCCCCUCAUCCUCUAUUGAUAUUGAUCGUAUUGAUCUGCUACACCUUUGAAAUGGUCGGAAAACAGUGUCGGGAUGGCUCGACUACAUUCAUUAGCCAGUCUUACAGCCUUGUAUCCAUUGCACAAUCAGUUUUGACUACCCUUGGAGUAGUUAGUAUAUGUUUCCCGGGUCUUGCGUUGUGGGACAUAAUAUUCCAUGGAGUGAUAACAUGUAG